CGGAGUGGAAGCUGCUCAGUCACUGGGCCCCAGCCAGCACUUCAAUCCUAGGAAGCACCAUGAAGACAGCGCUCUGCGUCGUUGCCCUUGUAGGAGCCCUGGUGAUCUGCAGUUUCCAGAAUGUUGCAGCCGCCCCGUUGGGAUCGAUAUUCCCGGAAUGCUGUGAGACCUUUAAGACCACUCAUAUUCCUCACGGGAGGCUUAAAAGCUACAUGGCAGCUCCAUGGUGCUCGACUCCCGCUGUCAUAUUCGUCAACCGGAGGGAUAUGAAGAUUUGCACCAAAGCCGGCGAGGGAUGGGUCAAAGCUGCAAUGAAGUAUCUGGACAGGAAACACAAGAAGUGAGAGACGAAGUGAAAGCUCUGCAUUCCAAUGGACUGCCAAGAGUCGUCCGUGAAAGUCCGUUCCAUCCCCUCA